ACUGCGCAGGCGCGGGCCUCGGCGUGGUCCCCAUGGAGCUGGCGUAGUGGAGUAGCUGCCGUGGCUUGGCCGGCGCCGCGGGAGCGUCCGGGAUGAGUGCGGCCGAGGCUGACCGCUGGGCGUGGCUGCUGGUGCUCAGCUUCGUGUUUGGGUGCAAUGUCCUCAGGAUUCUCCUCCCGUCCUUUUCCUCCUUCAUGUCCAGGGUGCUGCAGAAGGAUGCAGAGCAGGAGUCGCAGAUGAGAGCAGAGAUCCAGGACAUGAAGCAAGAGCUCUCCACUGUCAACAUGAUGGACGAGUUCGCCAGAUACGCCAGACUGGAGAGAAAGAUCAACAAGAUGACAGAUAAGCUCAAAACUCAUGUGAAAGCACGGACAGCUCAACUGGCCAAGAUAAAAUGGGUUAUAAGUGUUGCUUUCUACAUAUUGCAGGCUGCCCUGAUGGUGUCACUCAUCUGGAAGUAUUACUCUGUCCCUGUGGCCGUGGUGCCGAGCAAAUGGAUAACUCCACUAGACCGCCUGGUCGCAUUUCCUACUAAAGUAGCAGGUGGUGUUGGAAUUACCUGUUGGAUUUUAGUCUGUAACAAAGUUGUGGCUAUUGUGCUUCACCCUUUCAGCUGAAAAAGAAGAUGACAAGUAUGACGCUUUUAAGAACGGAUUUUCACGUAGCAGGUUAAAAAUCUGAUUUAUACUGUUUUAUUUUAAGAAACAAAAGCGCACAGGUUAGUUUUUUUGUUGAACAUGUUUUGUUCUUGGACUUGAUGUAAGAUUCUUCUAAGAAUCACAAUUUUAUACACUUGUCAUUGAGCCAGAAAGGUCAGGCUGUCUUGUGUGUGUAUGGGCCAGCAGAGUGCCAGAUUUAUUAUAAGAAACGUGUGACAUUAUGGGCGUCUACACGUUGUUACUUACGAUUUGCACUCUUGGCAUAUUUUAAAGGUCACGUUGACAACUAGAAAGUCAAAAUAUUCUCAUAAUUUAAGUACUUUAAGGACUUUGUGCUAUUUUUAAUCCAGAUUGGAAAACUACUUAAUACCACUACUAGAAUUUGAAACUUUGUUUUUUAAUCUCAUGCAGUACUACUAAAAGAAUAACACUAAUUGAAGUUGUACUUUUUUCUUUCUCUGUUUAAAAUGUCAUUUGUUGGGCAAGCCUUUGUGUAGUAUUAGCUACUUAUUUGAAGCCAUUAAUUUUUCAUGACUUGGUUUUGUAAAUGUAUUCAUGAGACCAUAAUGCAUUGUUUUGUGCUUGAAUUGUGUGAGUUGUAUUUAAAUCAUUUCAUAUGAAGUGUAUUUUAUAAGCAUUUAAUAUUUAUGCUCUGUAGAAUGGAACAAAGUUAAAAAACAAAUUAGGGAGCCUGAAUAAAUUAAUUUGAAUGGAUACAUGUUUGGCCCAUAAAGUAUAAUCCUGCUAAAUAUUUUUUUAAAACACUUUUUUCUAAUUAAAUUUUUUGCAAGUGCUUGUGUG